AUGCAAAAUAUGCACAUACUGGGUGGUCCAUGGACCACCCUGGCCACCCCCUGUGGCUACGCCACUGACUCCACAGCCAGUCCAUUCUCUGAACGUCAUCCACUCCCCUGCCCGUGUCGCCCUCCUCUUCCCCGCAUCGCCGCCGGCCGCCGGCCUCCGCCCUCACCCUUGCUGGUCGCCGGCCUCCGCCCUCACCCCCGCAGCUGCCGGCCUCCGCCCUCACCUCCCACUGCCGCGCCCUCUCAUCCCCUCCCCUGUUCUCAUCAGAAAAGAGAAGUGGCAGAUCGAGAGAUCAGGCAGCGGCUAGUCCACUCCUCUCCCUUGGCCGCGGAGUUGCUCCCGACGGGCCACCCGGACCCGUCCGUCCUCGAGUGUCUCCUCCGCCUGCUCGCCUCCCGCGGCUUCUUCUCCGAGCACACAGCCGACGACAAUCGGAGGCGGUACACGCUGACCGCCCUGAGCACUUCGUGCGCGCCCACGCCGGCGUCCCCGCCCACGCCUACUACGGCCAGUCCACGCCGACGGCGAUCAGAUGCAAGCACAACCGGCUCCCUCUCUCCCACCGCCGCCCCCUCCCAUCCCCUUCCUCCACUCAUCCGACAACGUGGACUGGGAUUACAGACUGACACAGAAGCAAAGUGUUUCAAGGCACAUAAAUCCAAUGAUGAGACUGGUAGUUUCAGAAAAGAUGAUGAAACUGAUUCAAGAAAUACUACUAAGGCUGUUGAUCAAAAUCCUCCACCACCAAAGCAAGGUUUCAUCCAUGUGAGGGCAAGAAGGGGUCAAGCAACUGACAGCCAUAGCCUUGCAGAAAGGGUUAUAAAACGUGCAAAAAACUCAUCACAUGCUCACCAAUACCCCAGCGAGGCAUCACUACCUGGGUUCCUAGUUCAUUGAAGAGACAAACAUCAAAGUCUGGAAGAUAUUUUAGAAAUGAUGAAGUCGACGUCCAGCAAGAAGCUCAAGGAGUUUUAAUGGGCCACAUUAAAAUCUGUGAGCUCAUCGGAACAGGGCAGUAACCUUUUCAUCCCCUUGCAUACUAUUUGAGGAAAGAGUUCUUAGAAAAACAGUUGAGAACUACUGUAUAUCUCCAUAUGGCAUUGUAGAACAAAACCGGUGAUUUACUAAAAAGUGAUUUACACACUCUGCCAUCUAUAAAAAUUGUGACAAUCGAAGCUUUGCAUUUGUACAUAUCAAGAACAGGAGUAUAGAUUCUAAUCGCAGAGAUUUACCUCUUUUACAGCGAUUCUAAUACCAUUUUUUCCUUAAAUCUAACAGCUCGAUGCCUCGCUCGUACAUAAGAAGGCCAUGUGUGCGUCGCUGGAGCUAUAAUGAACAGUUGGGGCUACUACAUAAGAACAGUUGCGGCACUCACCAACAAAGCCGCGGCGGCACCGGUGCCUCCUGCUCCGAUGGCAAACUUUGAAAGAAACAGGCCUCGCCCACCCGCUCCAAUGGCAAACUGGUAGGAUCCCAAACCGAGACCUGGAAGCAUGGAGAAACAGGCCUCGCCCGUCCCGCUCAGAAAUGUUUUGAAAAUUGGUUUGUUGUUGUAUAUGGAAGGCGUGAGAUGGACAGAGUAUGAUUGGUCGCUUUAUUUUUGGGCAUUGGAGGUGUAAGAUGGAAAGAACGGAAAGAUUGAUUGGCGUUGUAUAUCUGUUUGCGAUUGCGAUGCGAUUUGAUUCCUGUUGUGUAUGGAAAGUAUUAUUUGGAAAGGAUAAUAUUGUUUGGAAAGGAUGCCAUCGGUUAA